AAAAGGUUAAGAUCUACAAUCAAUGUAGUAAAUUCAUCUCAACUACAAUCAUCAUCUUCAAGUCAUUCUUAUUGUCGGAAAUCGAAUUCGUCACCAAGAAAAAUACGCGUACCGAUGGUCAGAGCUUAG